UUCACUUCCAAGGGGCAAGGACGGUCUCCACAUUGCGCCAGGGUACGACAGAGUUACAGCGUGUGAUCCCGAUUGCUUGUUGGUCGCAUCGGCUGAAUAGCAGUUAAGACGACGCAACUCCCCUCUCCCAAACUUCUGCCCGAAACCUUUUUGUCUCAAACACCUGUUUGCUCUUUGUCUCGUCCAUCGAAAGCAAUCCACCACACAACAAUGCCCGUCGGAUCAGUACUCGUCACCGGUGGCACCGGAUACAUUGGCGGCUUCACAGCCCUCGCCCUGCUCGAGGCCGACUACAAAGUUGUCAUCGUCGACAACCUGUACAACUCGUCCGAGGAAGUCAUCAACCGCAUCGAAACUAUCUGCGGCAAGCGACCCAUCUUCUACAACGCCGACAUCACCGAUGAGAAGGCCCUCGAAAAGGUCUUUGCCGACCACCCCGACAUUGACAAUGUCAUUCACUUUGCCGCUCUGAAGGCUGUCGGCGAGUCGGGCGAGAUCCCUCUCGAGUACUGGCGCGUCAACGUUGGCGGUUCAAUCGCCCUGCUGCAAGCCAUGACCCGUCACAAUGUCACCAACAUCGUCUUUUCGUCCUCAGCUACCGUCUACGGUGAUGCAACACGCUUCGAGGGCAUGAUUCCCAUUCCAGAACACUGCCCGUUGGGUCCCACAAACCCCUACGGAGACACCAAGUACGCCAUUGAGAAGCUGAUCGGCACUCACGUCGAGGCCCAGCGUAACAAUGCAGAGAAGAAGGGCGAAUCUGGUGCUAAAUGGAACGGUGCGCUCCUGCGCUACUUCAACCCUGCUGGCUCUCACCCUAGUGGAAUCAUGGGAGAGGACCCCCAAGGCAUUCCCUUCAACCUGCUGCCUUUGUUGGCUCAGGUCGCUGUCGGAAAGCGUGAGAAGCUCCUCGUGUUUGGCGACGACUACGACUCAAAGGACGGCACAGCUAUCCGUGACUACAUUCAUGUCAUUGACCUCGCACAAGGCCAUCUCAAGGCACUCAACUACCUUCGUGAGCACCAGCCUGGUGUACGCGCCUGGAACCUUGGCACCGGCAGAGGAUCAACCGUAUUUGACAUGGUCAAAGCCUUCUCGCACGCCGUUGGUCGCGAUCUCCCAUACGAGGUCGUCGAUCGCAGACCGGGUGAUGUUUUGAACCUAACAGCUAUGCCCGCCAGAGCCAACGAGGAACUCAAGUGGGAGACCAAGCUUUCACUCGAAGACGCAUGCCGCGAUCUGUGGAGGUGGACUGAAAACAACCCUCAGGGCUACAGACAGCAGCCACCAAAAGAGUUCGUCGAGCAGGCUCUUGCCGCGCGCAAGUAGGCAGAUUGAGUCGAGGAUGAUGGUAAUGCUUGAAGACAGUUUUCUUUUUUGCACGCAUAGAUUUGACGCCACGGACGCUUUUUUUUGUGGCUCUCACAUAUUAUACCCAAAAAGUACUUGCGA